CCGUUUGAUGUCUCUCCCAGACACGUUCUGCAGACCUGCCUUCUACGACACUCGUCACAGUGAUCUCUGUUAUGCGCGCGCUCUCUCUCCAUCUAAGCGGCACAAAACAUGUGUGGGGGUGCUAUCAUUUCCGAUUUCGUAGAUAUAAAGCCGGUUAGCCGGAAGCUCACCGCUCACGAUCUCUGGUCGGAGAUCGACACCAUCUCCGACCUCUUUGGCUAUGACUCAAUUACCAAAGAUUUCGCUAACCAGUUUGCUCACAGGUUGCCUCAAAAGACCAAGCAGAUUCGCAGAGUGAGGAGUGAUAAGAAAACAAGCCAACUUGCAGAAAAGGAGAAGAAGUGUCAGAGAACUCGGAAGAACGUGUACAGAGGAAUCAGGCAGAGGCCAUGGGGAAAAUGGGCGGCCGAGAUUAGAGACCCACAUAAAGGCGUCCGAGUCUGGCUCGGUACCUACAACACCGCCGAAGAGGCGGCCCGUGCUUACGACGAAGCCGCCAAGCGAAUCCGAGGCGAUAAAGCCAAGCUCAACUUUGCAAAGCUACACCAACCCGCACCGGUUUCACCAGUUGCGCAGCCGCCAGCUAAGAAGAGGUGCGUCGUUCGUGAGUCGACUAAGGCCACUUUGCUGAAUAUGGAGCCGCCGCCGCCGCCAACACCACCACCGGCAUAUAUGGAAUACCCAUAUCAGAAGGAGAUUUGUUGCAAGAGCGAGAAUGAGUUCGAACUGAAAGAGCAAUUCUCGAGCUUGGAAUCGUUCUUGGGUUUGGAGCCAGAGCAGCCGAGUUUGCAGAGUGGAGGCGGUGAGUUCGAUGCGGGGGACCUUUGGCUACUAGACGACCUGGUAACACAUCACCAGCAACAACGUCAGCUCGUGUAUUAGGGCCGUAACAAAAACAUCAAACCGAGAAGAUAAACGGAGAGUUAUGUCUUGGAGUCUGUAAUCUUUAUGCUAGGGUUUAAAUUUGAAGGGCAACGCCUGCCAUAUGUAUGUGUUCUAUGCUCUUAUGUUUGUCACAGCUCUCUCGACCGGUACCGUAAAUACCUUAAAUAAAUCGGAGCGUGUGCUUGCAAUGUCAUCGUCCUUGUCUUUAUCUGCCUUUGUUUCAAAACUUUGGAUUAUGCCCGUGAUCUGUUGUCGGUGCAUGUAUCUAAUGUCAUCCUCUCGGUUGUUUGGUUUCUGAUAAUUAAUCACUCUUGUUCGAGUUUUA